UUUAAAAAUGACAAAUGACAUGACAUUUGUCAAUAACCUGGACUCGUAUAAAUGAGAAAAAUGCUAACAAAAAAAUGAUUGAAUAUACUAUACCUAAAAAUAGUUAAAAUACGUGAUAUUACACAAGCGAGCAAUAUUGUAAAAUUCAAUACGGGUAUAAAACAUUGCAUUACACAAUAUCGUGCAUUUUUCACCUCAAAAAAGCCAGUGAUACGUUCCUAAAAUCAAACUGCCAAUGUCAAGUGCAUUAAAUUGGAGUGAACUUUUAUUUAAAAUACGAUUUAUAAAUUGUUACGUUCUUUACGGUGUUGUUUUGUAUUAAUUAGCAAUUUAUCAAUGGCCUCAAUAUUAGGAAACGAAUGGCACAUGUCAUCAAUUGGUAACGAUAUUUUAACAGAAAAUGGUACAAUUAACGACAAACAGAAAAUUUACAACGCAGCUUUAAACACCGAUUUGAAAGAGAUAUGUAAACCUGUAUUACACGAGUGUUUGCCUAACAAUAGUAUCCAAAAUGUUGUUCUACAAAUACAAAAAAUCCGGAACAUCUCAGCCCCGAAAGCCAACGAGGAAUCUCAAGCAGCCCCGAGAAUGCUUAAACUAACUUUAACAGACGGAGAAACUUACAUACAAGCUAUCGAGUUGUCUCCGAUAGGCAAUGUUAGCUUGAAAAACACCCCGCCGGGCACUAAAUUGCUUAUUGAUAACGCCAAAAUACAUUCGGGAUUUAUACUCCUGACGCCCCAAAAUUGCAAAACGUUAGGAGGCAAAGUAGGUCAUUUGUAUCAAAAAUGGGAACAGCUCUCGAAGCACGCCCAGAUUAAUCGCAGAAACAACGACGGCGAUGACGGGCCGCCUCCGUGGGUGAAUUUCGGCACGAAAAUCAAAGCGAACAGAGAGGAAAACUCAUUCAAAUCGCUUAACGAUAAACCUAAGGAUCCUAAGGAAUCCACAGAAUUCGAUCAACAACGUCAAGAAGCCAUUACAGAAGCUUCUUCUGGGGCUGUUAAGAAAAUCUUUGCAGGGAGAGUAAAGCAACCCGUGCAGCAAGCUCAAGUCGUGACCAAGCCCAAACCUAAGAGGGAAAACGGUAAAUUUAGAACGAGAACUUUCGAUACAGAAAACGAAACCGACGAAAGACUGCAGAAACCCUCGGAAAAGCUGUCUCUGUUCGCUUUCCUGGAAGACAAACUACCCGUCAACAAUCAAGAUUUGCACUAUCAAAACCAAUCAAACAAAAUCGUUUUUAAAGACGCCGAAUAUUCCGAUACCGAUGCGAAGAACGACUACAAAAGAAGACCAUACCAAAAGGAAUUCAAGCACGAACAGCCCAAGUAUAACGCGGGAUACGAACAAAACAAACCGAAAGAAAAUUACAGGCAAAACCACAAACGCAACGAUCCCGUUCAAGUUCAACAGAACAACUCGUACGCUCAUCACCAGCCGAGCGCGGGGAAUCCCAAAUACAAAAACGAUCCCGUUCAAGUUCAACAGAACAACUCGUACGCUCAUCACCAGCCGAGCGCGGGGAAUCCCCAAUACAAAAACCACCAUCGAUCGAACGCCGGUUACUUCCCGCAGGGCUCCUCGAACUCGCUAAAUCACAACAAUUCCAAUUCCAAUUCCGCUCGAAGAGUGGACAACCAAACGGAAGAAAUCGUAAACAAUCUCGCCAAGGAUAUGCAGAAAGCAACUUUGAACGGGCAGUUUGCCAGCCGCACGUUGAGGCAGCAUUUGAAUCUAGCCGACGAGAAGAAGCAGGAGAGCCCCAGCAACGAGGCGCCCUGCAAAGGGAUGAAUAUCGGAGACGAAGUAAUGGCAAAAUACUGGGAAGAUAAGAAGUAUUAUCAAGCCAAGAUUAUUUCGGUGACGGACAAAACGUUCGCUGUAAUGUUCAGGGAUUACGGGAACAUCGAGGAGGUUUUGAAAUCCGACUGCCAAUCGUUAAGUAAUAAUAGGGCUAAUUAUAAUAAUCAACAAUCGCACAGAAGCAAUAGAGAAUACUCAGGUACUUAUGAAUAUCGUCGGAAAAAUUACAAACAAUAACUUUGUGCCAAUUAGGUGUGAAAUAACUAACAUUUUUACAAGCAAUCAUCGUUAAUUUUUACAUAUGAUUUUAAGAAUAACAUUUUUAUUUUUUAUCUUUGCUUUCCUCGUCUCGUGUUUUAUAACAAAACUGUUGCGCCUACAAAUCAGUCGAAAAUUGUCAUUAAAAAAUAAAUAAACCGGUUAUUUUUUCGUAAUAACAUAAUUUUUUUGGGUAAAAUUAUCACAAAUUCGUCGUUUUGUGAACCAUCUCUCCGGCAACCCACGUCGAAAACAAAUCGAAGUACUCGUUUAUGAUGAUAAAAUCCGCAUCGGCGCCGACUUCGAGCGUACCUUUUUGCUUUUCGAUGUGCAGCACUUUCGCCGGAUGCCAACUGGCGCAUUGCAAAGCGAAUGCCAUCGAGCACCCUUUAAAAAAAUUCGCAAUUAAAACUCCCCCUGUUAAUCGAACCCCGCUCGAUCGUCACCUGUGGAUUUGUGGAAGAAUUUAACGCAAUCCAGCAUUGUGGAGGUACUGCCGCACAAAGUGUUCGUCCCCGCUAUGUAAGCCACGCCGUUCUUGAUUUCGAUGUCCAUUUGGCCUAUCGUGUGCCUUCCAUCGGACAAGCCUAGCGCCGAUAGCGCGUCCGUUAUCAACACCAUACCUUCAAUUACCCGGCUAUUUAAAAAACUUGGAGUUUAUAACGCUUAUCUUACCGUUAGGAUGAACCUUGUGCGCCAUUCGCAGUGCGCAAGCGUGCGUGUGUAUUCCAUCGGAGAUGAUGCCAUAAUAUAAUUUUUCCAAGUCGAUUUGAUCGGAAGAUAAUAGUCCCACGAUGCCUGGAUCUCUGUGGUGG